GAGCUCAGGCGGGCCCUGCCCCCUGGGACCAGCAUGGGCAGCGUGAGCAGCCUGAUCUCCGGGCACAGCCUGCACAGCAAGCACUGCCGCGCCUCCCACUACCGCCUCCGAAAGUCCUCCCACCUCAAGAAGCUCAACCGCUACUCGGACGGGCUGCUCCGCUUCGGCUUCUCCCAGGACUCCGGCCACAAGUCCGGCUCCAAGAGCAGCAAGAAUGAGGACUUCUUCUACAUCAAGGUCAGCCAGAAGUCCCACGGCUCCCACCGGGACUACACCUCCCUGGCCGGAGGGGAGCUGGGCCAGGCCGGCGGCAGCGGCAUCAACUUCGGGACGCCCACGCCGCAGAAGCUGCUGCCCUUCCCCAGCCAGCUGGAAGUGGGUGUGGACAAGCCUCCUGCCCGUCCCACCGCCUUCAAGCCGGUGCUGCCGCGCUCGGGGGCCAUCCUGCACUCCUCCUCCCCCCCCGAGAGCGGGGGGCACCUCCCCCCGCCCCUGCACCCCCCGGAGAAAGCCAAGGAGCAGGAGCUGAAGCCCGUGCUGUGCUCGGGGGGUCUGUCUGACUCGGGCAGGAACUCCAUGUCCAGCCUCCCCACCCACAGCACCAGCAGCAGUUACCAGCUCGACCCCCUCGUCACCCCCAUGGGCCCCAUGAGCCGCUUCGGGGGCUCUGCCCACAACAUCCUGCAGUGUGCCAUCAUCCAGGACAGCAACAUGAUGAGCCUCAAGGCCAUGUCCUUCUCCGACGGGGGCAACAAGAUCCUGAACCCCGGCAAAGCCCCUCACCACCACCACGGAGCCGCGGAGAAAAGCGCCUGCGUCCGCUCGCCCAUCUCCACCGACGAGUCCACCAUCCAGGAGCUGGAGCAGAAGCUGCUGGAGAGGGAGGGGGAGCUGCAGGAGCUUCAGUCGAGCUUCGAGGAGAAGGAAAUCAGCUCCUGCCAGGCCUACGAGGAGAAGCAGCGGCGCUGCAAGGAGGAGCUGGAGGGCCUCAAGCAGAAGUGCAACAGCAAACUCAAGCAAACCUCGCAGAAGACGCAGCGCACGCAGCAGGUCCUGCACCUCCAGGUGUUCCAGCUGCAGCAGGAGAAGCAGCAGCUCCGGGAGGAGCUGGAGAAACUCAUGAAGGAGCAAAACCUGCUGGAGACCAAGCUGAGGUCCUACGAGAAGGAGAAGACCAGCUUCGCCCCGGCGCUGGAGGAGACCCAGUGGGAGGUGUGCCAGAAAUCCGGGGAGAUCUCCCUGCUGAAGCAGCAGCUGAAGGAGUCCCAGACGGAGCUCAACACCAAGACCACCGAGAUCCUCGGCCUGAAGGCGCAGCUGAAGGAGGUGAGGGCGAAGAUGGAAGGGCUGGAGAUGAAGACCCAGGAGCUGGAGGUGUCCCUGCGCACCAAGGCCAUGGAGCUGGAGGUGUGCGAGAACGAGCUGCAGCGCAAGAAGAACGAGUCGGAGCUGCUGCGGGAGAAGGUGAACCUGCUGGAGCAGGAGAUCCUGGACCUGCGCACGGAGCUCGCCGUCCUCAGGGAGCAGCUGAGCGAGGCCCGGGAGGGCUCCAGGCCCUGUGCCGGGCUGGAGGAGGCCCAAGCCCUGCAGGGAGAGGUGGAGAGGCUGCGGGCGGAGCUGGAGGCCGAGCGGGACAACAACGAGCAGAUGACCUCCGGCUUCCAGCACGAGCGGCAGACGUGGAAGGAGGAGAAGGAGAAGGUGAUCCACUACCAGAAGCAGCUGCAGCAGAGCUACCUGCACAUGUACAAGAGGAACCAGAACCUGGAGAAGAUGCUGCAGCAGCUGGCGGCGGGGGAGGACGGCAAGGAGCCCAUCGAGCUGGAGAUCCCCGGCGCCGACGUGCCCUACGAGGACAUCAUCGCCACCGAGAUCUGAGCCUGCCCUGCCCUGCCCUCCCUGCAGCUCGGGGCAGGUGUCCCUCCCUUGGGGGGACACGCUGCCCGUGCCUUGUACAGUCCAGCUGAGCCAUGUAUUUACCUGGGGGGCUCCCGGCCCCGCUCCCUGCCCGCCCCGGUGCUCCCCGUUGCCUGUCGUGUUACAGAGGUGAACAAGCAACUCGUGCCAGUGGUGACAUGCCAGCAGCUCCCCCCGCCCCGGCAGUGCCCCUUCUGCCCCUGGGAGGACUGAGGAGCCGGCGAUGGGGUGGUCAGGGAACAGGAACUCAGCAGAUUUAACUCCCGUCCAUGCACAGCGCCCGAGGGGUGCUCUGCUCCAGGCUCGGAGGGA